AUGACUCUGGCUGGCAUGAAGGGGGAGGCGGGUGCCUGGCGGCAGUGGGAGCCCAGCGGUGCCUGUCCCGCAGGGAGCCGGCGUGCCGCCGAGCCGCGGGCUGGGCUGCGCCUGCCCCAGCCGACUCAGCAGAAGAGAAUUAUCUUCUGCGUCGCCGGGGUGCUGAGCUUCGCUUGCGCGCUGGGGGCCGCGGCAGCCGUCGGCACGCAGCUGUGGGUGAAGGGGACGAUACUCUGCAAGACGGGAGCGCUGCUCGUCAACGCCACCGGCCAGGAGCUGGAGAAGUUCAUCGGCAAAAUCCAGUACGGGCUUUUCUACGGCGAGCGCGUGAGACAGUGCGGGCUCGGGGGGAGACCUUUCCAGUUUUCAUUUUUUCCAGAUUUGCUCAAAAUUAUCCCUGCAAGUAUCCAUGUUAGUGUCAUUCUCUUCUGUACAGUACUGGUCGUCUUUGCUCUGGUGGGAGCAGGUUUCUUCAUGUUCAAUGCCUUUGGCAGCCCUUACGAAACCCUGCACGGCCCCGUCGGGUUGUACCUCUGGAGCUUCAUCUCGUGUUCCUGUGGCUGCCUCAUCAUGAUUCUCUUCUCUUCAGAGGUGAAAAUCCAUCACCUUUCGGAGAAAAUCGCUAAUUUCAAAGAGGGAAGUUUUUCAUUCAAGACUCAUGGUGAACAGUUUGCAAAUUCCUUCUGGAUCAUCCUGGUUUGCUCCCUGGUGCAAUUCCUGAAUGCCCUGUUGGUACGAUUUGCUGGAUUUCAAUUUCCCUUUUCAAAAUCAAAAGAUUCAGGGACAACCACGGGAGCAGUUGACCUGAUGUAUUAG